AUGCUACAAAAAUGGGUAUACAAGUUUUUGAUCAGCUGCCAAGGUCCCCGAAAGCCGUUUAUGGGGAUCGGAGUGUUGUAUUUAGCUCAAGAAAGAGGUUCUUGGGACGAAAUAGGAUUUUUCCAGAUCUGUAAUGAGCAGCAUACAACUUCAUCAGGCUCUGGAAGUUGUGUCUGCUUUCAGAAACUCUCUCUGAAUAAAGACACGUUCCCAAAACCACCUGCUUCGACUAUCGAUAGUCGUCGUCACUCCCAGAAUCUCAAUAACACCAUUGCAGAGGAUAUAGAAAGCGAGUCUGCUCAUGUCGAUUCUCGCGCAACGGUUUCACAGAGUAUGAAAGAGCAAUCGCGCAACGCUACCGAUGAUAGCCUGUAUGUAUAUGCUGAAAGCAGGCCUCAAAAAAUAACCUCAAAGAAAUCCGUGCCUUUUAGGCCGGCAAAAAAGCGGUUAUGGACGAGCGAGAAGGAAACGAGUUCAAGCCGUAACGAUGCAGCAAAACCCGGCGACCCUGAAAGUGCCACCCAAAACUAUGCCAAAAGUCACGCAUCGAGCCACGACGGAUAUUUCCCACGUUCGGUAGCUGAACUGCAACGGGGCAUCAACUUUGUCGUGACGCCUCAAGGAGUCUGUCACAAACCAAACAUGUCUUUACUUUACAAAGAUUUCGGACAGCGCAUUAACGUGAUGUUGGAGUGGCUGCCCGAUCGCAGUCUUCAAUCGCCUCAAACUGUCCCCGGUGAUAAUCCAUCUUACGCCGCGGACGUCAAAAUCAUUGCGAGUUUCGCUCAUUCAGCCCAAGAAAUCGUACAAGACAUGAACACUUUCAGAGGUCGCUCACCGACCUCGCUCAUCGACUUCCGACCCGAAGACUUCAUUGACGCACUAGAUCAUCGUGUAUAUUUGCAUGCUGAUCUUGCGUAUGAGGUCGCGCAAGGUCUCUAUAUGAGAAUUCAUGAUUUGUUGCGACUUUCGAUAGACAAUGCUACGAUGCUGUACAACGGGUCAGACAGUAUAUUCCCUGGGAGAGCUUUGCGUAUCCACGUUUCAGCGGCAAUUGAACCAGCUGCAUGGGGAGGCGCCAGCACAGACGAUCUUAAGACAAAGACCAGUGAUUUAAAGGCAUGGGAGUCGAUGAGGACACCAAGAGGUGGGGAAGGCCCUAUUCCCUUUCAUAUAUGGACGGUACCGCAAAAGGCUGCUGGGCCACCCCCGGUUCCGCCAGGACGUGAAACGAACGGCAAAGCAACCCACCUGCGGAAUUGGUCAAGUAGCGAUUCAACAGAUAUUCUUGCGAGCUUUUACGCGGGGUUUGGCACAAGGGACGACGAUGAUAUAUUCUCUCGAUCCUUGCCUCGGUCCACAUUGCCGAAAGAGAGAACCGUGGAUGAUAGUGGAAAUCGCGAUUCAGAUGGUUCGUCAACCCCGAGGAGAGAACCAGACCGCUCAGCGAUCUAUCAGCCUUCACCUGAACUCAAGCAACCGUCAAUGCGCCGGUCAGAAACCAUGCCGGUAGACCUGGUGGACCGAAGAAUGCGAAUGCGGCCAGGCUCUCUCGCGCCCUUGACGUCAUCGAACCCAAAUGACAUGAAGGCGCCCUCGGAUACCAGCGACAGUAGCAGCGAGUUACAUUCCGAGACGACGGAAGAGACUUAUCCACCACCGAGACCGAACCCCCUCCAAAGAAAACCUACAUCUGGCAUCUCCCAGGAUGGCAAUGGAACGGGACACGAUUCGAUUGCGUCGAAAAAAGAGCUGUCGAACAUCGGAGCGUCCAUCCAUGGGUCCUGGUCGUAG